UAAUAUAUAACCAUCAUUUCUCACUCUCUUUCAUCGCCCCUUCUUCUUCCUCCUGAAAACCCUAACCCCCAAUUCUAACCCUAGGAGAGAGAAAAUCCAAAUCAAUCAACAAUGAAGCAAGUUUUAUCUUCCGAUUUCAUGGAAAUUCCAGAAGGAAUUGAGCUUAAAGUCGAUGCCAAAAUCAUCGUAGUUUCUGGACCAAGAGGUACUCUUACUCGUAACUUCAAACAUCUCAAUCUCGAUUUCCAGAUCACAACUAAUGAAGAUGGAAAGAAGAUUUUGAAGAUUGAUUCAUGGUUUGGAACAAGGAAAACUUCUGCUGCUAUUCGUACUGCUAUUUCUCAUAUCGAGAAUCUUAUUACUGGUGUUACUAAAGGUUAUCGUUACAAAAUGAGGAUGGUGUACGCUCAUUUUCCUAUCAAUGCUAGUAUUACUAAUACUAAUAAAAGUAUUGAGAUCCGUAAUUUCCUUGGUGAAAAGAGGGUGAGGAAAGUUGACAUGUUGGAUGGGGUAAGCAUUUUGCGAUCUGAGAAGGUUAAAGAUGAACUUGUCUUGGAUGGCAACGAUAUUGAACUUGUCUCUAGAUCUGCUGCUCUGAUUAACCAGAAAUGUCAUGUGAAGAACAAGGAUAUCAGAAAGUUCCUUGACGGUAUCUAUGUCAGUGAAAAGGGAAGGAUCGCAGAGGAAGAGUAAAAGCUUCAAUGAGCGUGUAGGAUUUUGUUCUCUUAAAACUCUCUGGUGUUUUUUUUACUUUUCUUCGUAUCGCCUAGUGUCAAAGAUUUUGCGCUCAACUUGUCGUACAACAUUCAACAGAUUGUUUGAAGUUUCUAUAUUACAAUUUUGUGUUGAGGAUGCUAAAUGGAAAGAAUAUGUUUUUAGGUAAUUAUUCAUAUAUGUUUGUACCA